AUGGAUGUCGUGCGGUUCCUGGCGGAGCAAUCUGGUGCUCGUGUAAACGCUAAGGACGAUGACGGGAGUACUGCGUUGAUGCAGGCUGCUUUAAAUGGUCAUUUCAAUGUUGUGGAGUACCUGACGGAGCAACGCGACGCUGAUGUGAAUGCGAAGGACAACAAAGGAGGCACAGCAUUCAUGCAGGCUGCUCGCAAAGGCCACUUCGAUGUUGUAGAGUACCUGGCGGAGCAACCCGACGCUGAUGUGCAUGCGAAGGACAAGGAAGGAGCUACAGCAUUGAUGCAGGCUGCUGCCAAUGGUCAAAAUCAAGUCGUGCAGUUCCUGGUGGAGCAAACCGGCGCUGACGUGAAAGUCAAGGAUAAGUAUGGAAAGAUGGCUAUGAUGUUGGUCGCUGGCAAUGAUGAAGUUGAAAUGCAACGUAGCGCUGAUGUGAACGCCGACGGCAACGAAGGAGACAUAGCGUCGGUCCGGGCUGUGUAUAACGACAACUCCGAUGUAGUGCGGUACCUAACUAACAAAUGUGAUGCUGGUGUCAAAACCCGUGACAUGAAAGAAGGCACUGCGUUGAUGCAGGCCGCUGGCAACGGUGAAAUUGAAGACGUGAGGUAUCUGGCUGAGCAACGUAACGCUGAUGUGAACGCCGUGGACGCCGAAGGAAGUACAGCAUUAAUGCGGGCUGCCCGCAAUGGCCACCACGAUAUCGUGCAAUAUCUGGUUGAACAACGUCUCGCUGAUGUGGCCACCAUAGAUAACAGGGGAUACACGGCGUUGAUGUGGGCUGCUGCCAAGGGUCAAAUCAGAGUCGUGUGGUACUUGGAACAACAAUGUAUGGAUGAUGUGAACGGAAGGUUCCACGAGAGGGCCUCACAAAUCACCGGGCAUAUGGGAGUGGAGCACUUUCUGAUGGAAUCACGCACUAAUAAUAAAGGCGGUUUGUACCAAUCCUGGGAUGCGGUACACUUACGUAAAUAG